AUGACUGUUAAAGCUAAGCAGUACCAUCUUUUGUGCCUUCCUGUUCCCACACUCAGUAUCCUCACUGCCUACCAUCGCCAACAGCAAUCCAGCUUAUCGUGCUUUCCCUCAUUUGGUAGUGAGUCUGCAGCGGAUGCCAGACUCAACAGCCCUCGUCAGGCCGGGACCCAACAAUCCAGCUUAUCGUGCUUUCCCUCAUUUGGUAGUGAGUCUGCAGCGGAUGCCAGACUCGACAGCCCUCGUCAGGCCGGGACCCAAGUCCAGUCGGACAUCGGUCUUCCAGGUUCACCAGGCCGCGGACCUGCUAUUGGCGCGGAGACUGCCGCCGAGUCAGAACCUCAGCGUCAUCUAUCGCUCAUCAUGGUGCUGCUCAUCUCCAUGUUCUUCGUACGUUUCACAACGACACCGCCUCGACAGCACAUUCUUCACUCUUGUCCCCCUUACCCACUUCCCACUCCUGCUUUCACUCGCUCAUUGUGCAUUCUGCAGGGCAUCUGCUUGUGCACCUGGCGCCUUGUUCGCGAUGGUAUUUCGGGCGUCUACAUUGCACUCGAGUUCCUCGACGCCAUUCUCAACUUCGGACAAGGCUUUAUCCUCUUCGCUUGCUUUGGUCUCGACACCGACCUCAUCCUGUUGCCCUGCCGGAAGGCGUAUGCUUUUGCUCUUAAUCCAUCCUCUUCUCUAUUUCCACUUUGA